AUGCCAUUACCUGAAGAUAUCGCCGAAUAUCUAUUUGAGGAUAUCCAACGAUUGCAUAUCAAGAUUGUUUCCGAGAACUAUGGGAAAAUAUACCCAGACGAGGAAAGGCCUGAUCUAAUUCACCGGGAUGAAUUAAGGGAAUUUCCCAUUUAUCUGCAGAACACACUGUUGCCAUCAGUAGCCGACCAGCUUGUUGAAUUAACACUUGCUGGGAAGCACUGGGCUGGGAUCCCUGGAGAGUUUAAUGGAAGAGGACUGUUAUUCCCUGAGUUAAAGACUCUGACUCUAGACGGUUUCGAUAUCCUGCGAGAUGACCAAUUCAAUUGGGUCCUGAAUCAGAAAUCCCUGACCAGCCUACAUCUUCACAACUGCACUAUUGGUACCCAUUGUCGUGUGGAACAACCCAACUUCGCCCACUGGAAUGUUAACCUAAGAGAUUGGUUACAAGACGGUGCUGUUUACCCUGUCCAACGAUUGGAACCUGGGCAACAACUCCAACCUGGUUGGUAUAUGAACCAUCUGAGAUGGGACAAUAUAUUCAACAGUAUUCAGGAAAGCCUUCCCUUGCUGCAAGACUUCAGCUUUGACAGGAAGCCCUGGGAAGUGUACUUUCGACAUAACGAUGAGGUUACCUUCGCUGGAGAAAUGGAGUUGCGGUAUCUGGCAUUUUCAGGACGUUGGUUUGAGCCUCCACGUCGUCACUAUUACGAGAGGAGCGAACUACAGAAGAGUAUGCCUGUAUGUUCAGCAGAGGAACUGGAUAAGAAUGAUCCGACAGAUCGCAAAGCUUUGGACAAUUUGGUUCGCACCGUCGUAGCACGACGGAGUGGAAAAUGA